AAACUUCAGUUGGAUCAUACUUCCUCUUACAGGAUGUAUGAACAGUAUGAAUUCGUAUGACAAAUCAGCUGUUUACCAAUAUUUGACGCAUUCACUUCACUUAGUCAGUCUAGUGCGCACUAAUAUAUGUUUCAGAAAAAAAUGCGUAUGCAAAUAUGAAUGAUAAAUAAAUUACGAUACAUUCAAAUGUCGAGAUUAGAAAGGCCAAGUUUAAGUAUUUUUGGCAAUGGUGUGGCUGGCGCCGAUUCCACGGCCCGCCAGCCAACUGGCCAAGUGCUCCCAUUGGUCCAUCGCACUAGGGUAGCACCACAAGCGCCUAGAUUUUAUUUUAUUGAUACUUUUCCUCAAAUAAAUAUUAGUGACAUCAGUACAGUCGUAAAAUAUCAAUAAAUAGAUUCAUUAAAUCUUUCGGUUUCGAAAAUUAUAAUUUUAUGUUUUGUUCCAAUAAGUUAACUUGUAAUGCAGGUAGGCAGUGUUAGGCAAGUGUUGUGUCAAACCCUGUUCAGGGGUAUUGUGUCUGAAUAUAAUAUUGCUUCCUGUAGUGUAUGACUGAACCUGCUUAGUGGCGUUUUGCUUUGUGUCCUACAUAGAAACUAUACUCGGUUACUUCUUCAUCUUGGGAUUUUCAUGGAGUUUAUUUAAGAUUGGGUCAACCAGCAUCCGUGAGACUACGACUUGAGAGUGGGGGACAGUUGGUAACAACGUUAAGAGGACACCUAGUGUUCAUCAGCGCCCGCUGAAGAUGGCCGCACUAAUCCUCAGGAGAGGGACAUGUCACUUAAAGAAUUAUUGUAAAGGAGUGCGUUCAAGCCAUGCCCAGGCAUUGUGUCGGGAUGUCUUGGGUGCUGAACUGGAAGGAAUGAAAGCUGCAGGAACCUGGAAGACUGAACGUGUCAUCACCAGUAAACAAGCUGUGAAAAUCCGAGUCCAAGGACAGGAGUCUGUUAUUCUUAACUUCUGCUCAAAUAAUUACCUCGGUCUUUCAAGCCACCCUGAAGUAAUUCAGGCAGGGAAAGAUGCACUUGACAAGUAUGGAGCAGGACUUUCAUCUGUUCGCUUUGUAUGUGGAACUCAAGACAUCCACAAGGAGCUGGAAAAAAAAAUAGCAAGAUUUCAUGGUCGCGAUGAUGCUAUAUUAUUUGCCUCUUGUUUUGAUGCCAAUGCUGGACUGUUUGAAGUACUUCUUACUCCUUCUGAUGCGGUUCUCUCAGAUGAACUAAAUCAUGCAUCCAUAAUUGAUGGCAUUCGACUUUGUAAGGCCCGCAAGUUCAGAUAUCAACAUAAGAAUAUGCAAGAUCUUGAGAUCAAACUCCAGGAAUGCCACGAUGCUCGCAUGAAACUAAUUGUAACAGAUGGCGUAUUUAGUAUGGAUGGAAAUGUGGCUCCAUUAACAAAAAUCUGUGAUCUUGCUGAUAAAUAUAAUGCCAUAGUAUUUGUUGAUGAGUGCCAUGCCACAGGAUUUUUGGGUUCUUCAGGAAGAGGAACAGAAGAAUAUUUUGGUUUGCCUGUUGGUAGAGUGGAUAUCAUCAACAGCACUCUGGGUAAAGCCCUGGGAGGUGCAGCUGGAGGCUAUACUACUGGACCACAAGAGCUUAUCUCCCUUCUCAGGCAGCGGGCAAGACCUUAUCUCUUUUCAAAUUCUCUGCCUCCACCUGUAGUGGCAAGUGCUAGCAAGGUGUUUGACUUGCUUCUUGGAAACUCGGGGUUUGCUGAAAAGGUUCAGGCCAACACGGAUAGAUUUAGGUCUCAGAUGAGAGAAGCAGGCUUUACUCUUGCUGGUGAAAACCAUCCCAUCUGUCCAGUCAUGCUGGGUGAUGCUCGUCUUGCUUUAACUUUUGCUGACCAUAUGUUAGAAAAGGGUAUAUUUGUGAUUGGCUUCAGUUAUCCUGUGGUACCAACUGGCAAAGCAAGAAUCAGGGUGCAGAUCUCCGCUUCACAUUCAUUUGAUGACAUUGACAGUACUGUUGAGGCUUUCAAGCAGGUUGGCAAAAAUCUUGGUGUUAUUGCCUGAGGAAGUUAGCUUGUAAAUUUUAUUAACUGUUUACCACUAAGGGAGUUUAUAAUUUUGGGGGUAUACAGUACAGUAAUUGGAAAUUUUGGUUUAUUUCUAAUUAUAAAGAAAACAAAAUGC